CCGCUCUGACUCACCACUGCUGCUUUAAUAGAGAGGAGCAGGAAGAGAUGGAUCACAAGUGAGCGGAGAGCUCGUCUCAACUGGUGGGAGCCGGCAGACCCGCAGAAUCCUCCCUCCCCGCUUCUCUCUCUCUGGAUAACGCAGCGUGAAUGAGCCAGGUACCCCUCCGAGUAACGCGUGUGCGGUGCGUGUGUCCUGUGUGAGCAGCCGCCGGCUUGUGUUGGUCAGUGAUUUGACAAUGUCUGAGGAAGACUGCCGCGUUUUGCGGAGUCGUCGCUUAGUCUCCAAGCCUCUGGUGACCACGGAAAGAGAUGAGGGUUUAAGAAGAUCAGACGGGGACAGGUCAUUGAGAACCACGAGUAAUGGUUUUAUGGACUUGGAGCAUGUGAUCAACAGAAAAAUGGAAUUGAAGAGGAAAGCUGAGGUUUUGAAGAAUGAGCUGAUGAAGGAAGUAGACAUUCACUUUAAUGAGUUUGUGAACAACUUUAUAGAAGAAUCCACUGCUCUAGAAGCCUCUUCUGCGUCCAUCAACUGUUACCCUGGAAAUGGUGAAAAAGACGUCCACAAAGCGAGAACAUCAAAACCAGCAACUCCUCAUGGGAAGAUCUUUGUAUCCAGACGUUCUUUACUAGAUGAACUCUUUGAAGUCAAUCACUUUCGCACCAUCUACCACAUGUUUAUUGCUCUCCUCAUCCUCUUCAUCCUUAGCACGGUAGUUGUGGAUUGCAUUGACCAGGGCAGGCUUGUUUUGGAGUUUGACCUUCUGUCCUAUGCCUUUGGCAAGUUCCCCGUUGUGUUCUCCACCUGGAUUUGCAUGUUCCUGAGCACACUGAUCAUCCCCUAUGUCCUCUUCUCGAUGUGGGCCCAGGGAUACAAGACGUCCUCACACCGCACCAUACGAUCUGUCUUCUAUGGGUCACUUUACCUGACAUUUCAGAUGCUCGGCCUCGGUUUCUGUCCAGCAUACAUAGUGGUGCAACACAAUUUACCCCCUGCUUCCAGGUUCAUUGUCAUCCUAGAGCAGGUUCGAAUGAUCAUGAAGGUGCAUUCAUUCGUAAGAGAAAAUAUCCCUCGGGUCUUGUCUUUUGCUAAGGAAAAGUCAACAGUUGCUCCAGUGCCAACAGUUUCUCAAUACUUGUAUUUCCUGUUUGCCCCUACCCUGAUAUACCAAGACAACUAUCCAAGGAAUCCAUCUAUAAAGUGGGGAUAUGUUGCCACUAAAUUUGCUCAGGUACUUGGCUGCCUCUUCUAUGCCUACUAUGUCUUUGUCCGACUCUGCAUUCCACUUUUUCGCAACAUCAGCCAAGAACCAUUCAGCCUCCGAGUCCUGGUCCUGUGCAUCUUUAACUCCAUCCUUCCAGGUGUACUGAUCCUCUUCCUGGCCUUCUUCGCCUUUCUGCAUUGCUGGCUCAACGCCUUUGCUGAGAUGCUCCGUUUUGCUGACCGAAUGUUCUACCAGGAUUGGUGGAAUUCAACUUCAUUUGCAAACUAUUACCGUACCUGGAAUGUGGUUGUACAUGACUGGCUCUACUACUAUGCCUAUCGGGACUUCCUCUGGUUCUUUGGCAGGAGGUUUAAAGCGGCUGCCAUGUUGUCUGUCUUUAUGGUCUCUGCUGUGGUCCAUGAAUAUGCCCUGGGCAUCUGCUUUGGAUUCUUUUACCCAGUUAUGUUCAUUCUGUUUGCGGGCUUUGGCAUGAUCUUUAAUUUUAUUCUCCACGACCGUCGCAGAGGCCCCAUUUGGAAUGUGAUCAUGUGGACGUCUCUGUUUUUGGGUCAGGGUGUGAUGCUGUGCCUUUACUCUCAGGAGUGGUACGCCCAUCGUUACUGUUCACUCAGCAAUCCCACGUUUCUGGACUACUUGAAGCCACGCUCUUGGACCUGUCAUGUUGAGGAGUUGAAACCAUGAACUCGCAAUCGCUGCGGAGCCCGCGUCCAGCCCUCCGGUGCUGAAUCAUCUGACUUUCUCACUUUGUUACUGAAUGUAUUUUCUUUGUACCAACGUGGAAAUAGUCUGCAGUCCGUGACUACAGACUUUGGAAAAAGAAUCAGUCUUCUUUUUGUAUAGCCAGCCAACUCCUCCUAAACACUGAUACCAGCGAUGGAUACACAUCCAGGACCAUUAUUUCUCUAUUGUGACUCUUUACUUGUGGAAUACGGUUUACAGUGGGCGUUCUCUACAUAAUCCGAUAUCUGGAACAUCCAUUACUUUGACCUUAAACCGUCCUUUACAAUAUUAGGCAAAACUUUGCGGACUGAUGUUCUAAUGCCUUUUGCACAAUGCAUUAUUGAAUGUAUUCCCAUUUGAAGCCAGCGUGGCUUGGAUAGGACUGUGAGCGGUCCCUAAUGUACACCAUGCCACAUCUAAACAAAUGCUGCAUUACUAAGCAAUAAUGAGGUUUGCAACAUCCUUGCACCAAAGAUUUCCUGAUCUCUCUACCCUUUCUAGUCCUUUCCCUCCUCCACAUGUUUCUGUUCAAGUUGGAGACAAUCUUAUUUUCUUCAAAUUUACGGUUUGUCGCUCUCUGUAGGGCUCCCAAAACUAGAUUAUGUUGUGGUCCGGAAAUGUCUAAGGUGAAGUUAUCUAGGGUGCUUUUCACAGGUCGGGGCCUAGUUGGGUAAAAGCUGGUGGGGCUUAUGUGGCAGCAAACCAUUGUGCCUUGGCUGGGGGUAUUAAGAUCCAGUGCUGGGGCAGCAAUCAGAAUACUUGGGGUAAGGCAAGAUACAGUUCUGACAUAGGACUGCAGCAACGGGUUGGGGUGUGUAGGUUUAGAGCUGGGUGAUGACUUGUAAUGCUUGUGUCAUCCUGUAUGUUGAGUUCCUUGCGUCCACAAGUAGCAGUUGAUUGCAUGACUUGUGCAAAGUCAUUUCUACGUUUGCCGGCUUUCUCCAUUGACUUUUAUGUUGUGAAAAAAAGUUUGUUGGCUAAUCGGAAUCUGAUGGCUGUUUGACACAACACAAGUAGGUGUCUAUGUGUGGCCUGUAGGGGGUGCCAGAGCGAGGUCAGUCCUGUCCAAUACCGUGCCAUCAUAACUGGUCUUCCGCCUAUAAGACACGGGUUACGCUGCUGCUUUUUGUAGCACUCCGAAGAGGUAUGUAGUCCUUUCCUUUGCAUUUGUUAACAGCAAUCGGUAGAACUACAAAACGUUGCGGCAUAGUCCUAGCCUAAAGGUCUUCAAUAGGGGGAUAUUUUCACACAGCAAAUUUGUUGCAGAAAUUUCUGUGGCUGUUCCAUUAUUUCUGCAACCAGUUUGCCAUGAGUGAGUAUACCUUAAAGGGGUUAUCCUGUUUCAAAUGUUGAUAAACUGUCCUCAGGAUAGGCCGGGGUCUGACUCGCGGCACUCCCGCUGCAUUGCUCGUGUGAACACGGCUUCUUGUUGUUACAUGUCCUCUGUCCCAUUCACUUCAAUGGGACGGAGUGUAACUACAGCAGCCCCUUCCCAUUCAAGCAGCUGAUCGGUGGGGGUGCCGGGAGUCAGACCCCUGCUGUUCUAAUAUUGAUGACCUAUCCUGAGGAAACGGGACAACCCCUUUAAGAGCCAGUACUCCUGUUCAUCUUGCACUAUGGAGGUGUCACUCAAGGCACAAGUUGUAUGUCCCUUUUUUCGGUUCUCUCCUAGCCUCUCCAUACAGUCUCGCUCUCUGAUGCCAGCUGUGGAUCCUUCAUUCUGUAUGCCUCUGCUCCUCACUCGUUCUUCCCUGAAGAUGUGAACAAUCUGUAGAUAUUCUAGUUGAGUGUAAUGCAUUUAUUGGCUGUAAGUGAACUUGCGUUCUCAGUAUUGCAGUUCUGCAGCAUGGGCAAAGAAAAAUGCAUUGAAUGGCCUUGAGAAGAGAAGGGACAGUUCUCAUUCCCGAUUGUAUGUUAUUUAAUGUGUUCUUUUGCUGUUUGACAGCACAACAAUUGCACAAGGUUAGACCAAAAUGAAGGACUUGAGCCGUGAGGAUGCUGUUUGGCCACAAGAUGCAGUAUGUGAUGCUAACGUGUUUCUUUAGGACAUAAGAAGCCUUCACACUACUGAUGGUACACCAUGGAUCGUCUCCCCUGUAAUGUGGCACCAUCUGAAGACCAGCCCUGAACAUGGAUUUCUAGGAGACAUUUAUUUUGAUGCACACUGCUGCUUUUUGUUGUGGUGUCCAUGUGACGUGAAGGUCUUCUUCAGUGUGUGUCCUGCGGUGUCAAAUCCUACAGCACUGACAAUGCUAUGACAACUUGGUGCCUUGUUCUUACGACUUGGUAAUGGAUGCGGGUUUUACAGUGUUAAACAAUGAACAGUUAAAAGUGCAGAAUAUUAAAGAAAGGACGAGGCCUUGGUCACUGUGGCGGCCAUUGUUGUGCUAGUGCCCACAUCUCUACACUGCCACAAGUGAAAUUGUGUUGUGUUGCCAGGGUUGGACUGGAGAACCAGAAUCUGACGCAACAAUUGUUCCAACCAGAAUACAGCCCCACUUAUUCUUAAAGGAGUUCUCCUUGCAUAGAAUAUUCGUACUCGCCUGCUUCUCACUGCUCAGUCCUUCUUCCAUGUUCUGGUCCCCAGUGGUGCAUGGGCAAUGUUGCAUGUUCUUCUUCAGCCAAUAACUGGCUUCAUUGGUGAUGUGGACACAAGUGGCGCAUCACUGGAUGUAAAGCGUCUGACGACCAGAACAUGGACGUGCAGGAGGCACUGUGGAACACCAGAGCGGUUCUUCUUAUAGAGACAGGCUGUGGGUAUUAGAGAAAAAGUCUUGAUUCCCGGAGAACUCCUUUUAAGGGCCUUUUACGAGUCCAAUCAGAUCUUCAAUGCUAGAAUAACCAUACUGGCUGGCUGACCGCACGUUGCCCAAUGUAAGAGGGUGUAUGCUGCCAACAGUAUGAAAACUGAAUGAGGUUGAACAAUCGUAAAAACAAUCGCUUGUACCCCACUUUCAGUUUGCAUUGGCCGGUGUGAAGGCCCUUUAAACGAUGACUGAUUGGCUUGCUGUAUUGUCAGUCGCCACUGAUUUAGGCAUUGGCCAGUGUAAAGCCACCCAAGGGGUUCAUCACAAAUUAUCCUAUUGGAUCUUUUAGUUAUUUCCAAUGUGUACAAUGAUAGCUGUCAAUACGGCUACACGUGGACGUGGCUAUGGCCCUGAAGUCCUGUGGUGGACCCAAAGGACCCCAGUCCGACACGUGCAUUGCUUUCCUAGUGAUGGCGUGGAAUAAGGGUCUAUUCACACGACCAUAAGCCAUCCGUGCCCGCAUUGCGGUCUGCAAACGGUGGUUCCACAAUGCACGGACAUCGGCCGUGUGAAUUCCGAAGACCUUUUGACUUGAAUGAAUCAGCAAUCCUCAAGAUAUGGCGUGGAGCAGAUCAGAAGCUCUUCCAUGGGCUUUUUGGUCCAUGCUAAUCACUUAAAUGGGUCCGCACCACAAUAUGGGAUUCACAUGGUUGGUGCCCACGCAUUGUGGACUACAGUCCACAGCACGGGCAGCUUGUGUUUUAUGUGAAUGUACUCUUAGGUAUUGAUUUUGGAAUGCACUAUAUGAUGAUGCGCUUUUUUUUUUUUUUUUUUUUUUUUUUUUAUAUAAUUGAGAGGGGCGCAUGGACCAACCAGACCUAGUCAUCCAGCAGUCUACUUACCUCAGCGACAUGGGUCCGUUUUGGCUUUGGCAUACUCCUGUCAUUUGCUGACCUGUCUGAUCAGGAUAUCUUUGGCCGCUUUUCGAAAUGCAAGAGAAAGUGUCCGUAAAGAAGACCCCAAUCCACUGCCGCUGAUGUAUAUGUCUUCUACAGGGAUCAGGGAGGUAUAUCCUGGUAUUUAUCUCUAUAGUGAUCGUCCAGCAUUGAGCGGAGAGAUGCUGCUCUGUGGUUCUGGUAUCUGAACUGAUAUAUAAGAUUGAACCUUGGCAUCUUGAUGCUUAGAAACAUUACCAGUGAAGGUCGGGCGCCAUCUGUAGUCCAAAAUCUCACUCUAGCUGUGGUAAGUCUGCCAUGGGAUGGCACACCGCCACGCUACAUUGCUUCUUUUCACAUUUCUCUUUUCCGUCCUUAAUAUACACUGCAGCUCGUAAAAGGAAAUUAUGUAUUUAAAUGUAUGAUUUGUGUAAAAUAGAUAAAUCACAAGCCAUUUACUGUAAAAGAUACUUUGGUUACAAGAAAAUGUCAAGUUUGCACUCGCUUUUUGGUCGUGUUUAAUCAAAUGUUAAUUUGUUAAGUUAUUUUUAUUUUUUACAAUCUUAAUUAAAAAUAAAAAAAUACAAUAAUACACUGACUGGGGAUAUUGGCACGCCCUCUGCUGGUCGGUAGCUGUAACUGCUGGAAUUUAACAACUGUGACCAAAUGAGAUGAUUUACUUUGCAUAUUGUAAUGUGUUGAAAAGGGAAAUUUGCAAAUAAAUGUGACUUCUUUUUUUUCUA